UAUGCAUUCACAAGAAGUUGGUAGCUUCGAAAUCCGAUGGCAAAGGCAAAGACACAGCAAGUACUAACAAUGCCUACACGUCUACCUCAAUAUGUAUCGCUUCGCCGGGUCGAAAUUUCGAAUCCCUCGAUGUGGACCACAAAAUGCGCCACCAUUCCUUCACUUUCAAUUUCUGCCUCUGCUCCUCUGCGCUACGCGUCGUUUCGCUGCAGCUCCACCUCCACCAAUUUGCCCUCUUCACCCAAAAUCUUCGUUAAAGGACUUCCUCUCUCAACCUCCGAAGGACGCUUGAUGAAGGUGUUUUCAGAGUUUGGUGAAGUUACUCUUGUCCAGCUUCCAAUAGAUAAAGAAUCAAGUCAGUCUUUAGGAUUUGCAUUUAUUUCGUUUGCCAAGGAAGAGUCUGCACAAUUGGCUGUGCAAGAGAUGAAUGGAAAGGUUUUGUGGUGCAGUUUUUUGAUGGCAGGUUUAUUUAUGUUACAAUUGCAAAGCCUAGAUCAUCAAAAAGUUCAAAGAGGACAACGGCCUACAAAUUUUAAUCGUAUGAGCAGUGGCCAAUAGCAUCUUUUUCUUUCCCCAAAAACAAAGGAAAAGUUGUUCUAGCAAUUUUAUAUAACUUUGUCAGUGCCAUGAAACUUUUCCACUGUCUUGUUGAAUCUUGGCGUUUAAGGACUCUAUGAAUUCCUUGAUAUGGAGGGGCUAAACAAUAUUCUAUCCUUGUGAGGUGUCUAAAGUUCAAUGGUAUGCAUUGUAUUCCUUAGCGUCAGAGUUGAGAGACCACUUGAUUUGCAGAGUAAUUAAACAUUUUAUCACAAAAAGCAUCAUUUAUGUAUGAGUUAAUACAUAGUGAAGUUUUUUUAUAACUCAAACCACAUUGCUUGGAAGCUAGUCAUCAAGAACAAGCUGCUUUUAUAGCUGUCGUGACCACACUCAAGGCUCUGGAUAUGGGACCUCAGUGAUCGGCCAGUGGAAUUGCAAGUAAUGAUUAGAUCAAUACUGUACUGAAGAAGAUUCACACGUUGAAGGCCCGGUCUUCCAAAAGACUGAAAUGUAAAAGCAUAUAUAAGGCAUAUAUGCCUGGAAGGAGUGGCAGUAUUGGAGGGAGUUUGAAGAGCUUAUUGUAUUACCAAGAAGAAACAUGCCACCCUUAUAUUUGGAUUCAUGACACAGGAUGGCUAAGCAGCAGUAUAUUAGCCUCGAGGAUUCUUCCGAGAUCAAAAUCUUCUGGGAUCAACAGAUAUAUAUCGGUUAGUAAGAGCACGACGCCAGAUUUCUGCUGAAUUUAAAAGCUUAUUUUUCAGGUUUGUUUGUCAUGAAUUAGAAAUUGAAGUUCUAUUUCUUGCUUUUUAUUUAAUUAUGGCUUUCUUCCACCCCCUUUCCCAUAUUCAUGUGUUGUGCUAACAUAAGAAUGAAUUUCCUGAUCAUAAUUGAUAUGGUUUUUGUCAUGGUAUAAUUUUUAUUUUAAACAAACUCAAGUAUAAUAUCUUAAGUAUUAUUGAUACCAAUCUUCAAUAUAA